GAGUAAGGUUAUGGUUUGUUUUUGUUUUGGUUAUGCUGUUCUAUGUUCUAACUUGAUAGACUGAUUAUCUAUGGACUGAUUUGAAGAGUGCAAUUUUCAUUUUGAUUUUCCAACUAAUUUAACCGCGAACUGUGCAUCUCAAAUUUUAUUAUUUGUACCACUUCACCGAGUACUCGAAACGAAAGCAUGACCAUGGAUGGAACUUCUAUAGAACUCACAGAUGAGGAUUUAGCAAAAUUCGAUUGGCUCGACCUUCACAAGGAAAUGAAUGAAAAAAUACCGCUCGAAUCUACCCUGGACAAAUUCAUGAGGAAAUCUAAAGAAAAUCCGUUUGUUCCCAUCGGUGCUGUAGCCACUUGUGGUGCAUUAUUCUAUGGCCUGUGGAGUUUAAAAAAAGGCGAGAAACGAAUGUCCCAGUACAUGAUGAGGACCAGAGUGGUCGCUCAAGGUUUGACAAUCGCAGCUGUUGUUGGGGGCUAUGUUUUUGCAGUCAAGAAAUAGCCGAAAAUUUGGAUUUUAGUCAAAAUUUAGGCAUGUUUAAUUUCGCUAUGUGAAUUAUUUAUUUUUAAAUAAUUAUGUUAAUUUUUAAGGAAAGUUUAUUGAAUAAAUAAUAACAAAAAACAAAUUUUUACAUUUUUAAACAACAUUUAUUUCUGGAAUGUUACAGAUCUUAUAAAAAACACAAGCAUGAAAGUUAAAAUUUAAAGACCAAAAUUGCUGUUGAAACUGCAUCUGAAUUGAAGGUUAGAAGAAUACCAUUAUCUAUUAAAAUUAUAAAUUUUAGAAAUUCACGUAAUAUUAAUUACUGAUACUGACUAGAAUUACUUGAUCACAUUUUUCCUUUUCUCUAGAUAAUUAUUAAAAAAAAUGGACAAAAGUUUACAUAGGCUAUAGGUUUUUUUUUUGGUAACUACUUUACAAAAGAGCUUUUUGGACUUUAUCGAAUUGUUAGAAAACAAUAAAGUUUUUUUACAUGGCGCUUAACUAUCAUUAAAAAACAAGAACAUUAUCAAUAAUUAUUUUAAGAUCAAUAGUUUUUAAUUUUACCCAAUAAAUAGUUAAUAAUAAUAUUAAUAAAAUAUGAUUGAAAUUUCAAAUUUAACAACAGAGAACAAAUAUCUCGCAUGCCUCCAAUAAUAAUAUUUCAGAAAAGAAAUUAUAAAUUGUACAGUUGAAUCUUAAACCUUCAUUUUAUUAUCGAAAUUUUAUCAAAAAUUUAACUUUUGGAUAAGGACGUAUAAUUCCAGAGGGAUUUGAUUGUUGGAAAACAUUAAAUUCAAAGGCCUAAGUUACUUUUUGUACAACCCUGUUUCAAUAAUAAAUAAUAUUAGGUAUGUUUAUUUAUAUACAAUUUUAAUGGCUACACAUAGGAUACACAAUUAAUAUUAUAUGUUUUUUUUUGGUAAUGGGCAAAGGGUGUCUUACAUCCUGCUGACAUUUCUUCUAAUUCAGUACUAUACCUAACCUAUUUGUGUUAAAAAAAAACCCGCCAAGGUUUAUUGGCUAUAGACAUCAUUUAUGAUGUCUACUUAAUGUUAAAGAUGUUCUUAUUCUUCACCUGAAAAUUGAUUAGGCAUUUCAAUUUUUCAAUUUUUGUGAGACACCCUUUGAUAAUAAGUCAUUAAAGUACAAAAUUUGGUGUUUUUUUCUAUCUUGAUCCACUCAAGACUCAGUAAUUGACAAUUAAAAUCAAAAAAUCCAACAAAUACUGGCUUUUUUCUCUUACCUACACAAUGAAACAAAUCAAAAACAGGAACAAUACAAACAAUAUCCAAAUAAUUUAAAUAUUAAACUUAUUUGGAAAUUAUACAAAAAUACAUUAUUUUCAACAGAGAAAAUAUUAUAAUCAUGACCUCUAGGAAUAAUACUACAGGUUAAGUACUAGAAUUUUCAAAAAUAAAAACGUUGAUAGUUGAUUCUGAAAGAAUUAUUUAAUCUUAAGAUUUUUUGGCACUUAGUAAUUUAAAAGCAAGAAUAAUUUACAAAGAUAUAAGCGUUGACACUUACGUUUUAAAGUGAAAAUUGAAAAGCGAAACUGGCACUGUGAUACUGUAAACACUAGAUGGCAAAAACGCAUAGGAUUUAUUCAUUCAAUAUUCAUAAUUUAAAAAACUCCAGAAUCAACCAACUCAACGUCCGCUUGUGGUCUAUUCAAUGCCAAAUGUAUUAGUCUCCUCAACGGCCAACAAUAAUUUUUCGUAUAACACCUCAAACGUGGGAUAAGGCGGUAAAUCUAAACGAUUGAAGCAGGUGUGAGCCCUAGGAAGACUGUUGGGUUUACCCCAUUUUUCUAUACAGAAUUUUCUGGAACCUAUUGAGCCCCUAAGCGCAGCAAAGCCUUCGAAAGGUAUACUGGAGGUACCCGUUACGAAUUGGAGAAGGCGUAGUCGCUGUUCGUUGGUGAAU